ACUUUUGACCUCUGGAUAAAAACAAGCCGAUCAGCUGAUGUAAAAGCAACAACAUCUACAGAGGUCUGAUACAAAAUAGCUCAGCUAGCUAACUUUUUAACCAACGUUAGCCAUAUGUUGCAGUCGGCGGUAUGAUGUUAGACAGUGUACGUGUCCAGUUUUAGACUGAUGAGGCAGCAUUUUAGUCAGCGAGUCAGUCGUCGUCCGUCGGACUAGGUCAGUCGUUUGAAACGAAGGUUGUUUGUUUCUUCAGAAGUGUGUCUCUUUAUGUCGCUUAAUGAUAGAUAAACUAUUUAUUACUGAGUUUCAGAACGUAUCUUUUAGACAUUAUGACGAGCAUACUGGGCUACUUUUAAAUAGCAACUUGGCAUCGUCAGGUGAGCUGCAACACUACUAAAACAAGACAAGAGAUGCAGGGCAGCUAAUGUUAGCUAGCAAACUGUUGUGCCAAAACAUAAAGUAAUUACUAGUCUGGACUUGUUUUGCUACAGUUACAAUACCCUCAUUAAUAGUAAGCAGUAAUAAGGUCUUUAGGUGAACAUUUCAUUGUACCUUCUGACAGUAUUGCACAUGAGUGAAGUGGGUUUUUGGAUAAUUUGAACAAAACAGGUUACAUCACAUCUGGUCAGAGAUUUGCUUAACAGAAAAAUAACUUUAUUCCACGGCAUUGCUUUUGCAAUCUUAGUUACUCUCAGUAACCGAGGGUUAGGUUUGAGAUGAGUGGUCAAGGUCCAGCUGUAGAUAAAGGAAUGAACACAGUCCUCGGAUGUCAGGAGAGCUACGCCUGUGGGGGUUCAGACGAGGCUGCGUUUGAAUGUGACGAAUGCGGCAGCUUGCAGUGUGCUCGCUGUGAACUGGAGCUCCAUCGCCAGGAGCGGAUGAGGAAUCACGACCGGGUUCGGAUUGCACCGGGCCACGUUCCUUUCUGUGACUCGUGUAAAGGUGACAGCAGCUGCUCUGUCAACGGUGGACGGCUCAGAGCAGUGGUGCGCUGCCAGGGUUGUAAGAUCAACCUGUGUUUGGACUGCCAGAAACGCACCCACAGUGGAGUCAACAAGAGGAAGCACCCUCUGACACCUUACCCCCCUGUCAAAGCUCUCCAGGAUAACAGUGUGACUGCUGGGGAGUCAGAGAUGGAGAUCCUGAAAGCCGAGCUGGAGAAGGUGUGCAACUUCCUUUUGGUGGACGAGAGGGAGGAGAUGCAGGUGAAGGGUGAGGAGGAUUUUGUGAGCAAACUGGGCUGCAGGCCAGAUGAGCUCCUCAAGGUGGUCUCCAUCUUUGGAAACACUGGGGAGGGCAAGUCCCACACCCUGAACCAUACAUUUUUUCUUGGACGAGAAGUGUUCAAGACCUCACCCACCCAAGAGUCCUGCACCGUGGGUGUGUGGGCAGCUAUGGACCCUGUGCACCGGGUGGUAGUCAUCGACACAGAAGGACUGCUUGGGGCUGGAGCCAAUCAGGGUCAGCGAACCCGGCUGCUCCUUAAAGUCCUAGCUGUCUCUGAUGUGGUCAUCUAUCGAACCCAUGCUGACCGUCUCCAUGACGAUCUCUUCAAGUUCCUUGGCGAUGCAUCAGAUGCCUACCUGAAACAUUUCACCAGGGAGCUGAAAGCGACUACCACCCGCUGUGGUCUGGACGUCCCGUUGUCCACUCUGGGUCCUGCGGUAAUCAUCUUCCAUGAGACCGUCCACACCAAGCUGCUAGGAUCAGACAAACCGUCUGAAUCGGCCGAGCGUCUUCUCCAGGAGCGUUUCAGGAAGCUGGGUCUGUUUCCAGAAGCAUUCAGCUCCAUCCAGUACCGUGGAACUCGGACCUACAACCCUCCCACGGACUUCAGCGGUCUGCUGCGCAGCCUGGAGCAACAGCUGGAUAACAACACCACCCGCUCGCCACGUUCUGCCAGCGUCAUCUACAAGGCUCUGCAGGCCCUGAGCGAGAGCUUCAGUGGGGAGAUUCCAGAUGAGCACAUGACCAGUAACUCAUUCUUUCCAGAUGAGUACUUUACGUGCUCUAGCCUCUGCCUCAGCUGUGGUUCAGGCUGUAAGAGAAGCAUGAAUCACCUGAAGGAAGGACUCGACCACGAAGCCAAACAUCGCUGCCGCUACUCAGCUCAGUAUGACAACCGCAUCUACACUUGCAAGGAGUGCUAUGAGGGAGGGAAGGAGGUAAUAGUGGUUCCCAAAACGACGGCCUCGUCUGACUCACCGUGGUUUGGCUUGGCCAUCUACGCUUGGUCUGGGUAUGUAAUCGAGUGCCCCAAUUGUGCAGUGAUCUACAGAAGCAGGCAGUACUGGUAUGGAAACCAGGACCCAGUGGAAACAGUGGUCCGAACAGAAAUUCAGCACAUCUGGCCUGGGUCUGAUGGUUUUUUGAAAGACAACAACAACGCUGCCCAGAGGCUGCUGGAUGGAGUCAAAUACAUUUCUCAGUCUGUGUCUGAACUCAGUGUCAAGCCUGCCAAAGCAGUCACCUCCUGGCUUACUGACCAGAUUGCUCCCACCUACUGGAAACCCAACUCCCUUAUCCUGAAAUGCUAUAAAUGUGGGGAAGAGUUCCAGCCCAAUGACACCAAGCACCACUGUCGAGCCUGUGGAGAGGGCUUCUGUGAUUCCUGCUCCUCAAAAACCCGCCCGGUUCCGGAGAGGGGCUGGGGCCUCGCGCCUGUCCGAGUCUGCGACGCAUGCUUCCACAACAGGGGAAUCCCGACUGAGUUGCUGGAUGCUGCGUUGGAGGAGGAGGGAGGCACCCUGAUAGCCAGGAAGGUUGGAGAGGCAGUUCAGAACACUUUAGGAGCUGUAGUCGGUGCUAUCGACAUACCUCUCGGCCUGGUGAAGGACGCAGCUCGCCCAGCCUACUGGGUCCCGGAUCAGGACAUCCACUCCUGCACCGAGUGCCAGAGGGAGUUCUCCCCACGUCUCUCCAUCCACCACUGUCGCGCCUGUGGCCAGGGCGUGUGUGACGAGUGCUCUCAGGAUCGACGCGCCGUGCCCUCCCGCGGCUGGGACCACCCAGUGAGGGUCUGCAAGGGCUGCAACCAGAAACCUGGAGAGCUCUAGCAGGACGAGGAGCGGGAGUUAAGGAUGCCGGCCUCUGCGAAAACUGGAAUUGACAACAUUUUGACUAAAAGGCUUCAGUUCCCUGUUGUCUUUUUAAUGGCAUUUCUCGGCUGCCGCUAGACUGUCUGUGGCAGGUUGGACUGUUUUUUGUUUUUUAACAUGUCACUUCAGUCCCUUGAUGCUAUUUCACUUUAAUAUGCCUAUAUUUUACACUGUGAACAAUACCAGUCAGAGUGAGACUUGAAUAUCACGAAGGUAGGAGAGAUAAAACAACCUGACAACGUUUUAUGAAAGUGAGUAUUGUACAUGCUUGCUUUCAAUUCAGUUCAGGUAAAUUUCCAUGUACCCCUUUGAUCCUUUAAAAUCUAUAUUGAUGCACAUGAAACCCCUCCCAGUGUGACACACUAGUACUAUUAGCACCUUUUUAGUAGUCUGGGGCUACAUGUGUAUACCAUUUAUUAAUAGAAGUACUGACUGAACAUCUUAAACUGAUUCCAGGUAAGCACUUUUAUUCUAAGGUUGUUUUCUGUAGAAGUCCCGGAUAUAGCAUUCAGGGCUGGCUUUAGAGGAAAUGAUGGAAAACCUGAACAAUUAUCCACCACAAUUAAUUCUGAUGUUUGUUUGAAUGGAUGCACAGUAGUUUCCUCUGCUUCAGCCCUGCAAGCUUUAGCUAUCCUGCACCUCUUUGGCUUCAGGAGGAUUCGAACAGAAGCCAAUGAUGUACUGUAGCACCGAGAUGCAUUCCAACUUAUAUACUUAGUAAUAACUACUUACAUAAUCCCUUGAUCCUUUGUGGUUGUUUGUGCAUUUAAAUGGGCAGAUAAUAGAACAGCCUUUAUAAUGCUGUCCACAUUGCCUGUUUUAAAUUUUACAUAGAAUAUACAUAUAUGGGUAAAAAAAAUGUUUACUUUAAUAGGGACAUUUUUAAAUGGCCUCGUGUUUGUUUUUAAAAUGUCAAAACUACUAUCUGUUAAUAACACAGAUCUGACUGCAGUGGGAUGAAAUGCAACAGAAACUGCUUUUAUAGAGUGGCUGGCUCACAGUGGCAAUAUGGUACAGAGAAGACUUCAAAUCAUCUUUGAGGCUGGCCCCUCAAAACAGGAGAUAAUUAAACUCAGGCUGUGUAGCUAGUUAGCUAGGAGCACCAAGUGAGCAACAUCUGAGGUUGCCUUUAUUGCAACAAGACUGUACUUGACAAUUAUCUGAAAAAUAUAACACAUGAUGCAGUUAGGCUUUCUGAGAUUGACUGUAGUGAUGGUUAACCUGGGAUUUUCUUUUUCAGUAACUGACUGGGAGAGUUGGUUUGGUUAUGAUGUCUUUAAAUAAGCUGAAAUAACACUUUGACCUGAAUCAGUGAACUAUCUCAUCACUUUCCUCAUCUCAGAGAGAGAUGUUCAAUGAAUAUGAAUAUCACAAGGAACAAAUCAAUACCUUUAUGCUCAUGUAUGCUCAUACAGUAUGUAUUAAACUGCAGAAACUCA